AUGCACGUUGACCAUUAUGAACACUGCGACAGAAGACAAGAUGGUCUUGUCAUUGAAUGCGUCAGUGAGAGAGAUCUGCUCAUUCCGCUGGACGAAGACUCCGAAGCUCAAGAGAGAAGGCUCUUGAGAAAAUUAGAUAAGAGGAUUCUGCCAAUACUAUGCCUCCUUUACUUAUUUGCUUACCUUGAUCGGUCAAACCUGGGCAAUGCUCGAUUACAGGGUUUGCCCGGAGAUGUUCUCAGUGGAGAUCCCACUGGGGUACUAUUUGAUUGGGUCAAUUCUGCCUUCUUUUUCACUUAUAUACUUUUGCAAAUUCCAUUCACGGUCCUUUCGAAGUAUUACAGUCCACGCAUAUGGAUUGGCUGCUCUGCUGUCCUCUGGGGGAUAUGUUCCACAUCGAUGGCAGCAGCACAUAGUUUCACUGGCCUGAUGAUUGCUCGACUUGGACUAGGAACGUUCGAAGCAGCAUUCGGAGGUGUUGUUGUAUUAUACUUUUCUUUCUACUAUACCAAGGCCGAGUGCGGUACUCGCAUCGCAUACUGGUUCGGGUUUGCAGCCGUCGCAGGGGCAUUUGGGGGGCUCGUCGCUUACGGGAUACAACAUGUCAAGGUGUCGAUUGCCAACUGGAGGUUGCUUUUUCUGUUCGAGGGCACGCCGACAAUACUUCUAGGUGUACUCUGUCUAUUCAUACUUCCAGACCGUCCGGAGUCCACGCAGUUUCUUACUGCAGCGGAGCGUAAAAUCGCAAUUAGUCGUAUGAACAGAGGGACAAGUGGUGACUUUGGUGCAGUUGUCCGUCGAAGUCACGUCAUCGCGGCUUUCCAGGACUGGAGGAUCUACGUAGCUGGAGUAAUUUACUUUGGCCACAACUGUGCUUUGGCAUCGUUGUCGGCCUUCUUGCCAACUAUCAUUGGUACCAUGGGGCAUGAAAAUGCCAUGGCUCAAUUGAUGACAGUGCCGCCAUAUGCUUUAGCUGGUUUUGUGCUCAUGGUUACGUCCUAUUCAUCCGACAGGCUACAGAUUAGGGGACCCUUACUUGUCUGUACCAGUACAAUUGGUGGUCUGGGUUAUAUGAUAUUACUUGGCGCUACUCAUCGGCAAGAUGUGCGCUAUGGCGCAACAUUCCUUAUCACUAGCGGAACCUAUUCAAGCAUCGGCUUGAUGAACGCUUGGUAUAACCAUAAUCUCGGCUCUGAAACAAAGAGAGCCGCUGGCAUCCCUCUCUAUGGUGCUAUUGGGCAAAUCGGAGGCAUUCUGGGAUCCCAUAUCUACCCCUUGACCGAGGGCCCCGCCUACACUCAUACCGUAACUUCCUGUCACAUUGACGAACUGAUCUCAGUUUCUGCGUCCCUGCUCUUUUUGGCUGCACUAUGUUCACUCUUGUUGAGUGUUUCCUUCUGUUUGGACAACAUGCGACGAGAUCAGCAGUACGGCAAGCCAGAUCCAGAUGAUAUAGUAGAUACGUCGGAGCUUGCAGACAAGGCUCCUGGAUUCCGAUACAUUCCAUAG